AUGAAACCUCUCUUUACCCGGAGAUCGUUACUCGUGGCCCAUUCAUUGAAGAAUGGGUUCCUUCCGCGGUCCCAAACAUGGAGAAGUAUGCUUAUUCCGGCCAAAAAUUGGACAGGAACAAGAUCAUUCACACAAUCUCAAAUCAUCCGCAACUCCCAUAAAACUCCAGACUCAAAUAAAGAACUGGGAAAUAAGGACUCAGACGAUAAAGAGAAGAACAAGCAAACAAAGAAGAAAACACCUGCUGAAGAGGAAGCACAAAGACAAAAGGAAAUGGAGGAUAAGUUCCGCAAAGAUAUAGAGGAACAAAUCAAGAAGCGAUUCCAGGGAAACGCCCCUAACAUCAAAAUGAUCAAUGUCGAUGGGCAGCAGAUUGCCAAGGGAGCACUUGUGAUCUCCACUGUGGUCUUGCUUCUUACGUUUUUCUUGGUAUCGAAUCAGCAGAAAGAUGAGCUUUCAUUCCAAGAUUUCCAAACAAGGUAUUUAGAGAAAGGCUUGGUUCAGAAGCUCAACGUGGUGAACCGCUUUGCCGUGGAAGCUGAAUUGAUUCCUGGUGCGUUCUCGGAUGAGACUGUUAGAGGCCCCAACGGUACUCCAAUUGUGACAUUUACCAUUGGUUCUAUUGAAGUCUUUGAGGAGACCAUGAAAGAGAUACAAGACAAGUUGAGCAUUCCAACAGAAGAGAGAUUGCCCAUUCUGUAUGUUGAGCGUGGUUCCUUGUGGAAUCUCAUUCUUCCUGUGCUCCCCACUGUCCUUCUUAUCGGAGGUUUGUACUACAUAACUGCUAAGCGUAUGGGUCUGAUGGGCGCCAAUGGUGGCCCCGGCGGUAUCUUCAAAAUAGGCAAGUCCAAUGCUAAACUUUUCAACCAGGAAACUGACGUCAAGAUCAAAUUCAAGGACGUCGCAGGUUGUGAAGAGUCGAAAGAAGAGAUUAUGGAAUUCGUCAAAUUCUUGCAAAAUCCACAAAAGUAUGAGAAAUUGGGUGCCAAAAUCCCACGAGGUGCUAUCUUGUCUGGUUCCCCAGGUACCGGUAAAACGCUCUUGGCUAAAGCAACUGCUGGUGAAGCGGGUGUCCCAUUCUUAUCCGUCUCUGGUUCAGAGUUUGUGGAGAUGUACGUCGGUGUCGGUGCUUCCCGUGUUCGUGAUUUAUUCAAAACAGCUCGUGAAAUGGCCCCAGCUAUUAUCUUCGUUGAUGAAAUAGAUGCUAUUGGAAGAGAAAGAGGAAACGGCAAAAUGGGCGGAAACGAUGAGAGGGAAAACACUUUGAAUCAAUUGUUAGUUGAAAUGGAUGGAUUUGAAGCUUCCGAUCAUGUCGUUGUUUUGGCUGGUACAAACCGUGUCGAUAUCUUGGACAAAGCAUUGUUGAGACCUGGUAGAUUUGACAGACACAUUACCAUUGAUACUCCAGAUGGUGAAGGAAGAAAGGCCAUUUUCAAGGUACAUUUGAGUAAGAUUACUCUCAAGGCUGUGGAGGAUAUCAAAGCAAGUAACAAAGGAACUGAGUUCAGCAAGUACAAACUGGAAGUUGACGAUGCCAUUGAGUUCUUAGCUGGCCGCCUUAGUGCCUUGACUCCCGGUUUUGCUGGUGCAGAUAUUGCUAACUGCUGUAAUGAGGGUGCUUUGAUUGCUGCUAGAGACGACGCAAAUAGCGUUGACAUGCAUCACUUCGAGCAGGCAAUUGAAAGAGUGAUUGCAGGUCUCGAGAAAAAGUCUCGUAUCCUCAGUCCACAGGAGAAGAAGACAGUCGCAUAUCACGAAGCAGGUCACGCUAUUUGUGGCUGGUUCUUACAGUACGCCGACCCAUUAGUCAAGGUCUCGAUCAUUCCUAGAGGUCAAGGCGCCCUUGGCUAUGCUCAAUUUUUGCCAAAAGAGCAGUACUUGACUUCAGAUGUACAGUUCAUGCACAAAAUUAUCAUGGCUCUUGGAGGCCGUGUCAGUGAAGAGUUGCACUUCCCCACUGUCACCUCUGGUGCGUCUGAUGAUUUCAAGAAGGUCACUGGCAUGGCAAGACACAUGGUCGUAAAACUUGGAAUGUCAAAGAGAAUCGGAAACAUUACAUUUGAUGAAGAAGAUGGCUCCGAGGGCUUCAAAGUGCACAACACCUACUCUGAGAGCACCGCUCUUGCCAUCGAUGAAGAAGUGAAACGAAUCAUCGAUGAAGCCUAUGCUCAAUGUAAAGAACUUUUGACCGAGAAAUUGGAAUUGGUUGAUAAGGUCGCCGAAGAGGUUUAUGCCAAGGAGGUAUUGACCAGAGAAGAUAUGAUCAGAUUGGUCGGCCCAAGACCAUUCCCAGAUCAAAAUGAGGCAUUUGAUAAAUACUUGAAGGGACAGGAUGCCUUCAAGAAAUUACCAAAACAGGUUGACGAAGCUGAUAAGAAGGGCAAUUCUGACACCAUGGAAUAA